AUGAUGAAUACAUGGAUAGACAGAUACUUUGAUAGGUUAAGUCUUAAAGUAACAGAUGAUGGUUCCGCAAAAAAACUUAUAUAUCCAAGAUCUGAAAUCAAGGAACCAUCAAUAGAUUUACAGGCUUCACGCAAGAUGUUUUACCAAGAAGAUAUCAUCAGUAUUAUUAACCAGCCAAAUAGACGGUUGUCUCUUGAGGCGUCGCCAGAUGAUGUGGCUGCAAAUGAAUGCUAUGGUGGAAGCUUAUUGUUGAUGCAACUUAUGCAAAGAAUUCGUUCAGAAUCUGGCGAUGAUUUCAAGCGUGAGCAGGCUGGGUUGUUGGAGUCUUUCCUCGAUCACCUCAUCAAGAUACAACAGGAGCAGCGGUUUGUGGCAUAUAGUUUCUCUGAGCACCUGGAACAAUUGAGAAAAUCUGAUGCAGUUGAUGAUGAUGGAGAGAGGCACAAGUGUCCUUAUAUUUUUUCCGAGCACACCAUGGACUCCUAUAUGUGGCAACAAAAGCACAUAUUCGAUAGUCUAUAUAUCAUGUCACAUGAAUCGGCUUGGUUGCUGAAGAAAUUCAAGAAUUCCGACAAGAUUCUUGAUAUCAUCUUGGUUUUUAUGUCAAAGUUCAAGAAAACAAAGGAAUCGUUGGAUCAGUAUCUUCUCGAUGAAUGUUGCCGCCUUAAUGAGCAUCAGAUUCAAUUGGUUAUGAAAAAUAAUGAAAUAUUAGAUGAUUUUGGAGGGUGCAUAAAAAAUCUCCAAGAGCAAGUCGUUGAAAGAAAAUCUGUGGCGGAAAUGUUGCUUGGAUGUUUUGUAGAUGUAGUAAAUAUGUACUACAACCGUGCAGAGCGAGGCUAUCUUCCCGGGGACACCUAUUCUUUCCUCCAAUGUUCGUUUUCUGAGGCUGCCAAGAAAACAUUAGAGAUACUAAAUGAAGCAGUAGAGAAACUAAUUUCAGUCAGGCAUUCUGAUCUUACUGCCGGAGGCUCUCCACUUGGAUGUAUAGCUUUGUGGAUAAUUCUAUUUGAAUCAUCUCUAAUUAAUCUACGGAUGGAUCAUAUAUGUAAAAACUACAGUGAAACAGUCAAACUCGGGGUUAAACAGUUAGACACUGCCACAAACAAUCAACUGGAUCAAAUUAGGCUGUCGAUUAAUAAACUAUUGAUAGUUGGGGAAAGCGUCCUAGUUGAAUUCAUAGACAUGCACAAAACGGUGGCAGAAGUUUCUUAUAUGCUAGGAGAUUCUUUUACAACUAGUGGCGCGCAUCCUGGAACUUCAAGCAAGCAUGUUGACCAUUUAAUGGAUUUCAGUCUCGAUGAUUUUCCUUGGGAUAAGCACACUGUUCCUGAUUAUUUUAAGAUUGACGUUGACGAUCAUAGGACGUGGAAAUGGAUUCAAGCUAAUCCAGACUACCUAGAAUGGGACGCUGGUGGUUUACGCGGAGAUAUAUGAGUUUAUUGAGAUCUGAA